UUUGUCUAUUGCUCUUAUUUGCUCUUCUGAAGACUGCUCCUUUGGGGCUGAGGACCCUUCCUCAGACAGCUUGUUGCCUCUGGGCUCUGUUGUUCAAGGAAAAGUUGCUACACGCUUUAUCAACGAAGUUGCCUCUAUCAUAAUGUCUAAAACGGUAAAACACAACCCAUCUUCGGCGUUGCUUAAACCCUAAACCCCCCAACGUCUCUGCCAGUCCAUCUUGCAAUGGUGCCACUGGGGCGGAAGGCCAGUCCUCUGCUCUCCAAUAUCUUAUGGCGUCGAAUCAAGCUACGCACGAUCUGUGGCGGCCGCAUUUUCCGGGCGGCAUCCUCAUCCACUGCACAAACGCCAGCCACCGAUUCCGCCACUGUAGCGGCGGGGAAGAAAGUUCUGGAGACGUUCUCCGAAGAAUUUGAAGUCGGUUCGCGGAAAAUCACCCUGGAAACGGGAAAAAUAGCGAGAUUUUCGAACGGCGCCGUUGUUUUGGGUAUGGAAGAGUCCAAAGUGCUGUCCACGGUUGCCUCUGCAAAGGGCGACGGCAGUCGUGAUUUCUUGCCCCUUACUGUUGACUAUCAGGAGAAGCAGUUUGCUCAAGGGGUGAUUCCUAGCACAUUCAUGCGGAGGGAGGGAGCUCCCAAAGAGCGUGAACUUCUAUGUGGCCGUCUUAUUGAUAGGCCUAUAAGACCUCUAUUUCCGCCUGGAUUUUACCAUGAAGUCCAGGUCAUGGCAAGUGUCCUCUCAUCUGAUGGGAAACAAGAUCCAGAUGUAAUGGCAGCCAAUGCUACGUCUGCUGCACUGAUGCUAUCAGAUAUUCCCUGGGGUGGUCCCAUUGGGGUAAUACGUGUAGGGAGGGUUUCAGGGCAAUUUAUUGUUAAUCCCAGCAUGGAUGAGCUCAAUUUGAGUGAUCUUAACUUGGUUUAUGCGUGCACAAGAGAUAAGACUUUGAUGAUUGAUGUGCAAGCGCGAGAGAUAUCAGAAAAGGAUUUGGAAGCUGCUUUAAGAUUGGCUCAUCCUGAAGCAGUUAAAUAUCUUGAACCUCAAACAAGGCUAGCAGCCAAAGCUGGCAAAAAGAAGAAAGAAUAUACAUUAUCCAUGGUGUCCGAGUCAACAUAUGAAAGAAUCCGAAGUUUGGCUGAAGCUCCAAUUGAAGCUGUGUUCACAGACCCUACAUAUGGCAAGUUUGAGAGGGGAGAGGCAUUAGAUAAUAUUACCCAGAAUGUAAAAAGAAUUCUCGAGGAAGAGUGUGAUGAACAUGGCCUUAAAGUUUUGUCUAAAACAGUUGAUAAUGUUCGCAAGCAGGUUGUUCGCAAAAGGAUAAUUGCUGAUGGAGUGAGGUUGGAUGGACGAAGCCUUGAUGAAGUCAGGCCUCUGUAUUGUGAAGCUGGUAACUUGCCUGUAUUACACGGUUCAUCAAUAUUUAAUCGUGGAGAUACCCAGGUUCUCUGUACUGUAACUCUUGGAGCACCUGCAGAUGCUCAACAGUUAGACUCUGUGGUUGGUCCUCCAUCCAAGAGAUUCAUGCUGCACUAUAGUUUUCCACCAUUUUGCAUUAACGAAGUUGGUAAAAGGGUUGGCCUGAAUAGAAGAGAAGUUGGGCAUGGUACUCUUGCGGAGAAAGCUUUACUUGCUGUGUUGCCACCUGAAGAUGAUUGCCCAUACACUGUUCGUGUCAAUGCAGAAGUCAUGGCAUCUGAUGGAUCUACGUCAAUGGCAUCUGUUUGUGCUGGCAGCAUGGCUUUAAUGGAUGCUGGCAUACCUUUGAGAGAACAUGUAGCUGGUUUGUCAGUGGGUCUUGUCAGUGAAACUGAUCCCUCAACUGGUGAAAUUACAGACUACAGAAUAUUGACUGAUAUCCUGGGUUUGGAAGAUCAUCUAGGAGAUAUGGACUUCAAAAUUGCUGGAACCCGAAAUGGGGUUACAGCAAUUCAGUUGGAUAUAAAGCCUGCUGGAAUCCCUUUAGACAUCAUAUGUGAGUGUUUAGAGCCUGCCCGCAAGGGCCGCCUUCAGAUCCUUGAUCAUAUGGAGCAAGAAAUAUAUGUGCCACGUGCUCAAGAUGGAAGAAAUUCUCCACGAAUUUUAACUUUGAAGUACAGCAAUGAUGCAAUCCGCCGUUUAAUCGGCCCUCUUGGUGCCUUGAAGAGAAAAAUUGAAGAAGAAACAGGUGGAAAGAUUUCAGUAGGUGAUGGUUCUGUUACAAUAGUUGCUAAAAAUCAAUCAGUACUAGACAAAUUGAUGGAAAAGAUUGAUUUCAUUGUGGGCCGUGAGAUUGUGAAGGGUGGAGUUUAUAAGGGCAUUGUAACUUCAAUUAAAGAGUAUGGUGCUUUUGUGGAGUUCAAUGGAGGUCAACAAGGUCUCCUCCACAUAUCAGAGUUGUCGCAUGAACCGGUUUCCCGAAUUUCUGAUGUUGUCUCAAUAGGCAAAGUACUAAAUGUAAUGUGCAUUGGUUUAGACGUGCGCGGAAAUAUUAAUUUAUCCCUCAAAGCCACUUUACCCAAACUAGGACCAAAAACAAAAUCUGCAGUAGAACCUGCCGCUCCUUCAGAACUAACACCUAAAGUCUGGAAGCCUGCAAACAAUGUGCAGGAGAACCAAGAAGAUACAAAUGAUCAGUCUGGGAGCAGUGUGGAAACCUUAUCAUCAAUUAUUAUUCGAUCUGUGGCUGAGUGUGAUGAAGCAGAAAAAUCUGCUGGUUUGACGCAGAAGUCUAAAGCCAAGGCUCCUCCAGCAGAUGCUAAGAAACUGAAGAUUGGAAUGGAAGUGACAGCAAAAGUUCACCAAAUUCGUACACAUGGCUUAGUCCUUGAUUUGGGUGGUGAUGUGCGUGGAAUGUAUCGGUUUGAGAAUGGUUCCAGAAGAGACUUUAAGGUGGGUGAGGAGCUACAGGUAAAGUGCUCCAGUUUCUCGAGCAAGGGGAUCCCAGUAAUGUUGUUGGUGUGAGAGUAGAGGAGGUCAGAACGUGUUGUAAGUUCACUGUAGUCUCGGCCAAGAAAUGCAAGCUCCUUGCCAGUAAGCUAUACGUUUGUGAAUCAAAAUCCACAGGAGGACCACAUUCAGACUAGUCACUAGUGAAAUAAAUAGCUAUUACAUCCGCCAGUUCUAUUUAAUAUAUAUAUAUAUAUCAAUAUUUCUUUGUGAACAAGAACUGUAUCCUAGUAUGAUAUGCCAUUUUUUCUUGAGGGGAA